AUGGCCUCCGCUCCCGUCGCCGUCCAGGCUCCCGCUGGCCCCUCCGGCCUCGACCUGUACUCCCGUUUCGCCUUUGCUGGCGCGAUGUGCUGUGCCAUCACCCACGGUGCUGCUACUCCCCUUGAUGUCGUCAAGACCCGCAUCCAGCUUGACCCUGCUACCUACAACCGUGGUAUGAUCGGUGGUUUCAAGCAGGUCAUCCAGAGCGAGGGUGCCGGUGCUCUCCUCACUGGUUUCGGACCUACCGCUGCCGGUUACUUCAUCCAGGGUGCCCUGAAGUUCGGUGGUUACGAGUUCUUCAAGCAGCAGUCCGUCAACUACCUCGGACUCGAGUCUGCUACCAACAACCGCACCGCUGUCUACCUCGCUUCCUCCGCCGCCGCCGAGUUCGUCGCUGACAUCGGUCUCUGCCCCCUUGAGGCUACCCGUAUUCGUCUGGUCUCCAACCCCAACUUCGCCUCCGGUCUUAUGAGCGGUUUCUCCAAGAUCCUCAAGGAGGAGGGUGUCGGUGCUUUCUACUCCGGAUUCGGACCCAUUCUGUUCAAGCAGGUUCCUUACACUAUGGCCAAGUUCGUUGUCUUCGAGAAGGUCUCCGAGGCCAUCUACAAGUCCUUCGGUGACAAGGACAAGCUCUCCAACGGUACCAAGACUGGUAUCAACCUUGGUUCCGGUCUUAUCGCCGGUCUUGCCGCCGCCGCUGUUUCCCAGCCCGCUGACACCAUGCUCUCCAAGAUCAACAAGACCCCCGGUCUUGCUGGUGAGGGUACCGUCUCUCGUCUCGUGAAGAUCGCCAAGGAGCUCGGUAUCCGUGGCUCUUACUCCGGUAUUGGUGCCCGUCUCGUCAUGGUCGGUUCCAUCACUGCUGGUCAGUUCGCCAUCUACGGUGACAUCAAGCGUGUUCUCGGUGCCACUGGUGGUGUUGAGAUCGGAAAAUAG